AUGGGACACAACAGCGAAACAGCUGGGGCCGGUACAGCAGCCACCCGCAUGUUGCGGCAUCACAUCAUAGGUCUCCCAUCGACGGUCGCCAACCUACCCUCCCUUGUCGUCGUAUUGACUUGCCUCGCCGUCUAUGUGACCGUGUGCCGCCUGCUCCGCUUCCGCCGCGCUGCCGCCAUGCACCGCCAAUUCGACCACGCAUACACAGACCGCGCGUCCCUCGCCGCCAUGACCACCAACGACGCCCAGGCGAUCGUGGCCACCAUCCAGCAGCGCGAGUUCCCCUUCAUGUACACCCUGGCCAUUGAGUUUGGCAUCUUCAAGACGUAUGGCAUCCCCACCAUUUCGCGCAUCGUCGGCGCCACGCGCGCCGUGACCGAUCCGCUGCCGGCCGCCAAGCGCGCCGCCGACACGCUGGCAAUCAUCAGCGAGUUUUCGGUCAACCCGCCGACGUCUGUCCGAGCGCUGCAGGCCAUUGCGCGCAUGAACUACCUGCAUAGCAAGUACCGUGCGGCCGGCCAGAUCCGCAACGCCGACCUGCUGUACACCCUGGCCGCCUGCGUCACGGAGCCCAUCCGGUUCAUUGGCCGCUAUGAGUGGCGCCCGCUCAGCGACCUGGAGCGCUGUGCCAUUGGCGUGUUCUGGAUGGGCCUCGGGAAGGCUAUGGGGAUCGAGUACGGGCCGACCAGCGAAACGGGUCCCCGGGCCCAGGGCCUCGAAAAGGGCGCCGGCCGCAGCUGGCGCGACGGUCUGGAGUUUGUCGACGCCAUAUCCGCAUGGGCGGAGGAGUAUGAGCGCGCCGCCAUGGGCCUGCACCCGGCCAACAUCCCGCCCGCCCGGCGCCUGACGGCCAUGCUGCUGCAGCUCGUACCGUCUGCCCUCGAACCCUUUUGUGUCGAGGCCCUGACCGUGCUCAUGAGCGACCGCAUGCGCGCGGCCUUUGCCUACGAGACGCCUGGCCUGGCUGCGUGCCUCGUGACGUAUGGCGCCCUGGCCGUGCGCCGGUUUGUGCUCCGGCAUCUCACGCUGCCACGCUUUGGCGUCUACCGCGUGGCCAGUGCCCAGGCCGAUCCAGCCACGGGCCGUGUGCAGCUCAACGAGUACCUGACACACCCGUGGUACAACGCGCCGACGCUGUGGAAUCGCUGGGGGCCCAUGGCGCUGCUGAGGCGGGCCGUCGGUGGCGCGGUGCCGGGAGAUGCGCGACCUGCAGAUAAAGAUGACCGACGGGGAGCACACAGGGAGGGUGGAAGGGGCAGAGGCAAAGGGGGCAGAACUUAUUUGCCUGAAGGAUUCCUGGUAUUGGACCUGGGACCCUUCAGUUUCAUGGGCGUGGGGAAGGAAGAGACGGCGGCAGAAAUGGAGCGGCUGCGCACGAUACGGACAGGCGGCUGUCCGUUGGGGUGA